AUGAGCUGCGCCGCGCUGCUGGGGCCGCGGGGGUCGCGGCUCCUGGGGGCCGCCGCCCGCCCGUCCCGCUGGAGCCGCCGCCGGCGCAGCGCGGGCUGCGAGCCCCCGGCGGGCGCCGCCGUGCGCAUCGGCUGCGCCUCGGGCUUCUGGGGCGACACGGCGGCCGCAGUGCCGCAGCUGCUGUACGGAGGGAAGCUGGAUUUCCUCGUCUUCGAUUACCUGUCCGAGAUCACCAUGUCGCUGCUGACGGCCGCCAAGGCCCGGUCUCCCGUUUUAGGUUACACUCCCGAUUUUGUCACCACUGCCAUGGCUCCAUAUAUAAAAGAUAUUCACAGGAAAGGUGUUCGUGUCAUCAGUAAUGCUGGUGGAAUUAAUCCACUUGCUUGUGCAGCUGCCCUUCAGGAGGUGGCAAAGAAAGCAGAUGUUGAUUUGAAAAUAGCUGUUGUUGCUGGAGAUGAUCUAAUGAGUGAGAAAGAGAACUUAAAAGGAGCUGGUAUCACCGAUUUAGAGAGUGGCAAACCAUUUCCAGAGAACAUUCACAGCAUGAACGUAUAUCUUGGUGCAAGACCAAUUAGCAGGGCUCUAGACCUUGGAGCUGAUAUUGUUGUGACGGGUAGAUGUGUUGACAGUGGGAUUGUAUUAGGACCACUCAUUCAUUCUUUUGGCUGGAAUAGAGAUGAAUACGACUUGCUAGCUGCAGGAAGUCUUGCAGGUCAUCUCAUUGAAUGUGGUGCUCAGUGUACAGGUGGAAUAUUCACUGAUUGGCACACAGUACCAGACUGGCACAACAUAGGCUUUCCCAUUGUAGAAUGUUCCUCUGAAGGAGACUUUAUUCUUUCCAAACCACCAGACACAGGGGGACUAAUCUCUUUUGGCACUGUAGCUGAACAGUUGGUGUAUGAAUUGGGCAAUCCUCAGCGCUAUCUUUUACCAGAUGUUACAUGUGACUUUUCCCAAGUUUCCAUCACUGAAAUUCCAGGUUUUGAUGGUGGAGCAGUGAAAGUUUGUGGAGCAAAAGGAUCGCCUCCAUCAACAUUUUAUAAGGUAAAUGCCACUUAUCUUGAUGGCUUCAGAGCUACUGCUGUCUGUCCAGUGGGAGGUCCAAAGGCAGUACAAAAAGGAAAACGCACUGCAGAAGGUAUUCUGCAGAGGACUCGUCUUAUUUUCAGUCAGCUCGGUUAUGAAGAUUACAGUGCAGUUAACAUAGAGGUUUUAGGGUCUGAAGAUACAUAUGGACCUCAUGCUAGAAGGAAUAUAGAUGGUAGUCCUCGAGAAGCAGUAAUUUGGCUUGCUGUACACCAUAAACAAAAAGAAGCUGUAGAAAUCUUCUCUAGAGAGAUUGCACCAGCUGGAACUGGCAUGGCACCUGGCCUCACUGGAAUUGUUGGAGGGCGCCCCAGAGUGUCUCCGGUUUUGAAGCCAUUUUUCUUCUAUUAUCCCAAAGAGAACGUUCAGAUUGACCUAUUUUUAAAUGGGCAGCAUGUUGAGGUAUUUGAGGAGGAUCUCACGUUUACAUCAGAUGAAGUGGUUUCAUCUGAUCCACCUAAGAUUAGCAGUGAAUUCAAAGAUCUGCCAAGUGGUCCACAUACUUACCGCUUAGAAGAUCUUGCCUAUACGAGAAGUGGAGACAAAGGCAAUUCAGCAAACAUAGGUGUGAUAGCACGGCAUCCCCUCUACUAUCCAUACCUAAAGAAAACUUUAACAGCUCAAGCCCUGGAGAAUUACUUUCAACACCUUUUAGAGCAUGAAAAACCAGAAGAACAACUAGUAACAAGAUACGAGUUGCCAGGAAUCCAUGGAUUAAAUUUUGUUCUGAAGAAUUCCCUUGGUGGUGGUGGUAUAGCAUCCCUAAGAAGUGACCCACAGGGUAAAGCACUUGGACAGAUGCUGUUGGAUUUCCAGAUUAAAAAUGUUCCUGAUUUAAAAUCACUGAUAGAGUAACAGGUGUUUAAUAUAUAUACUUUUAACACUGAGUGGUAUAAAAACAUGUUAUAAACAAGAACUGGCUUCUUGAGUGAGAUUUUUUUUAAGGUAAAAGAGUAGAAAUUUGUGACAGUUAUCUCUCAGAGGCUUAGCUAUAUGGCACAGAUUAGCAAAUGUUUUGAGUAAUACCAGAUUAAUAGCUUUGUCUGUGACUGAUAACAUUUCCUGGCUAGAUAAUACAUUGGAUGAAGAAUUAAUUUAUUUCCUGAAAAAUAGAAUUAAUCAAAUUGCAACAUAACAUUUAAUUAUAAGACAAGAUAAUCUUUAUCCCGAGAUGAAAAUUACCUCCUGCUCAGUCCAUCUCUCUCUUCCUUUUCUCAGUCUUUAUAAGAAAAUUCAGUGGACUGCUCUCCUGUCAGCUGUGUUUGUCCUGUGUGUAGAGUGAGGCUGGUAACCUGCUGUGCAUUGCUGUGAAGGCAGCACUGUCUGGUACUGGGGAACAGCUUUCCCUGUUGGGCAAUAAAGAAAAGUAAUGAUUGGUACUGUUAUACAGUGACUGGUUGUAAAUGCUGACCUUUGGUGGUGAUCCACCAAACUUCCAGCACUUUGUCUGAUUAAUGACAGGCUUUAUUAUUACAUUUUCCAAUAUCUCUUACUAAUUAAUCCCUCGGUUCAAAGCACUGACUAGUAGUAAAUCACAGAUCUUGGCUUGGUAAUAAAUUUGGAGAUAACAAAUAAAUCAUGAGGAAAGGAGAGUCUGCCUGCUCACCCUUCCUUGGGAUGGUGCAGUCCUGGCAGAGAGGAAGGGGGGCCGGGUUGAGAGAUACCUGGUUUUGUUUCAGGGCUGUUAAGUCAUCCUUUUGUGCAGCAGAGUCAUGCCUGGAUUAAGUUCAUUUGACCGUUGUUUGCGUUGCCGUUCCCACAGAAAAGUCUGUCUUCUGCUGUGAAAGGAAUACCAUGCUGAAUGCAGUGUACUCUCUCUUCUGACUCCCAGUUAUCACCUGCCCAUCUUCCUGCACAAUAUGACUAGCAUAUUUAAAUUAGGAUACUUCUAAACUUCUUCACCUGAUUUAGAAGAGACUCAGAAAUCUGUAUUAUAGUUCUGGGACAAUAGCAGGGUGGAAGUUUCUGAUAACUGUAUUUUCUCUGCUGAAGCCACAAAAAUAUUACUGCUCAUGUUCAGCCAUUUUAUAAUCAGAAAUUAAUCUUUCUGCUUUUUGGGGGGCAGUUGUAUUAAUUUAGUGCUGACAAAAUGAGACAUUACUAAUACCAGACAGAACUAUAAAAGUAAGUAUUUUCUUAAUUGUCACCAAAACUAUCUGUUAGUUGUUCCUAGUGUGCUAUCACUGUUACUGAUUUCCUGGCCUCCUGCUUGCUAAGGAGGACUCUGCAGUGAAACAUUCCCACCUUUUCUGUGGUUUUCUUCAUUUGAAUUGAAGGUAUCAUAAGUGAAUGCUUUAUUCAUCUAAACACAUUAUUCUCUGAGGGAGUCGUAAGUACUAUCCAUGUUUACAGCAUGAUUCAGUCAGGUUGUAAAAAAUGAGUCAUUAUUUCAUUGCAGAAAAGUACCCAAGUUAAUAACUUCAAAGGGAAAACAGCAUGCAGGUUUUAUUAUGUUUACAGUCAGUGUUUGUUAGAAUACUCUUGUUAAUAAUUUGGAAGCCUAUUAAGAGGGAAAAAAACCCACAAACCUGAUAGGCCUCAGUAACAAACCUACAAGGAUAAAAAGGCUACAGUAACUAUUUGCAGUUCACUCAAUAUGCUGCUUAAGUGACUCUGGAAAUGUGUAUGCAAUAAGUUUCUGAAUAAAAGUGAAUAUUUAUAAAGUAUAAA